GCAUGUACCUACGCUAAGGAACCACAAACGACGAUCGGUACCCAGUGAUGUCAUAGCCAAGGUCUUGGGGGGACAAAGGAACAAACGGGGCCCAAAACAGGGCACACAUUACAAGAUAAUACCUCAAACUUACAUCUCGUCGUUGUGACGUUAUCGGCCCACAUCCUACCUAGAAUUAUCAUGAUAAUAAGUGCCAAACAUUACCUACUAUCUAAUACCUAACGCAAAUGGCAGUAUUAUCGUGUCAUUCAGUACCGAUAUGGCUAUUGUCGCUAUUCUCGACUGGGGCGGCCCUGGCUAUGCCACCUUCACAUCCCAUGAUCACACCGGCUCCCGACCUAAAUAACCGAGUAGGAGUAAACCGCCGCUCCGAACCCGGAAGUUACAUUCACAGUAUAAUAGACAGCCUCGGGAGCGAUGUCUCAAGCUACGUAGCAUCAGGCGUACCACAGUUUUUUCAGGACUUCCCUAGUGGCGAAGCCGUUGCGAGCUCUCUUGGAAUCCAUAACUCGGACCUAGAUGCUAAGCCAACACAAGUUCUAAAUAUCCCAGCAUACGCGAACUGGACCGAAGAAGGAUGGAACGUUCGGGUGCAUGGAAACGUAUACAAGCAACCUGACAUUUCACAAAAGAAACUCGAUGAUCUCGCCAAUGUCUUCCUCAUCGAUGUAGAUAUAGAUGAGCUGUCUGAACCAGAGCAAAAGCAAGCUCGAAAUUUAACAGCUUCCAUCUUUGUCGUUCAGCAGGGACAUUUAAAUGUUACUAUCGACUUCAAAAAUGACGUUGACGUUCGUCCGGACGCAAGCGGCGGCGUGAUCAAUGCUGAGGGCGGUGCCCAAUCCAUCGACCUUCCGUAUGAAACAACAAAUGAAGGUGACUUUGAUGCUUUCGUCGUCCUUCAGAACAUAACUAGUCCCAACAAUGGACACCUGAUGGCCGGCAACGCAACUUCAUCCAUCCAGGCUCUCAACAUGUACGCCAGGGGAACCGACACAGGGAACGCGACGGCCUACCUGGUGCCACCAACAGGCUUCACGAUAAUCUCUGACAUUGACGAUAUUCUCCGUGUUACCAAGAUCUACGACCCAAAGGAAGGUCUCUUAAACUCAUUCGCACGAGAAUUUACUCCCUGGAGGAAUAUGCCGGAUAUCUACGCCAACUGGUCUGCCACGAUCCCUAAUUUUCACUUUCACUACCUUACUACCACACCAGAGCAGGCAACGAGGAACUACAUGGAAUUCAUCUACAAGACGUACCCCCUCGGCUCAUUCGACACGCGACCGCUGAACUUUUCGGACGUUUCAGCGACGCUAUCGAUACGUAAGGCGCUACUGGACAAGAUCUUUCAAACAUUUCCGCAGCGGAAAUUUGUCCUUAUGGCCGACACGUCCAAUUCGGACGUCAUGAAGGACUACCCGCAGCUGGUGCACAACUACCCAGGACAGGUACAGUGUAUAUUCCUACGCAACACGACAGCAACGGACAGCUCGGACCUAUUUCCCUACGACACCUCGGGCUUCGAGGGGAUCGACCAGAGGCAGUAUAUGUUCUUCGUUACGCCCGACGAUUUGAGAAAUGUGGAUAUUGUCGGGGGAAAUUGCCAUAAUCAGGCUGUCGUCCAGAAUGUGACGUUCGGGUAUCAGUGGCGCGAGCUCGGAAAUGCUGCGUCGUCUUCUCGGUGUUGGAAUUGGGCUUGGGGUUGGCUGUCGGCGAUGGCGGCGUUCUUCUUGUUUCUUUAAUUCGGGCUUUUACUGGGUGUUAUGGGGGCAUUGGAACGUCGCUAGAAGGUUGAUGGACUUGGGCUGUUCGAGAUGUAUAUCCUAAG